GUGUCCAAACUCAGAGAAAAACUCCUGCUGAAGCGACUGAUCUCCACACUGUUAUGAAGAUGGCGUUUAUUAAAGAGGAGAGUGAAGAUGUGAAGAUUGAAGAAACAUUCACAGUCAAACAGGAAGAUCUGCAGGAGCAAACAGACUUAAUUGAAGAGAAUAAAGGGAUUAAAGAGGAGAAACAUCAUGUCAAAAUUGACGAAAAAAGUCAAUUACAGACUGAUGGUAUUUUGAAAAGGAGAGACAAGAAUUGUUUCACCUGCACUCAGUGUGGAAAGAGUUUUGGAAGACAAAGCAGUCUUAAAAUUCACAUGAGGAUCCACACUGGAGAGAAACCAUUCACAUGCACCCAAUGUGCGAAGACUUUCAGCCAAAUAUCAGCCCUUAACAAACACAAAAAAAUCCACACUGGAGAGAAAUCUUUCACAUGCACUCAGUGUGGGAAAAGUUUCAGCCAAUCAUCAUCCCUUAAUAGUCACAUGAGGAUCCACACUGGAGAGAAACCAUUCACAUGCACUCAUUGUGGGAAGAGUUUCAGCACAUCAUCAUCCCUUAAUAGUCACAUGAGGAUCCACACUGGAGAGAAACCAUUCACUUGCACUCAGUGUGGGAAGAGUUUCAGCCAAUCAUCAUCCCUUAAUCUACACAAGAUGAUUCACACUGGAGAGAAACCAUUCACAUGCACUCUGUGUGGGAAGAGUUUCAUCCAAUCAUCAUCCUUUAAUUUACACAAGAGGAUUCACACUGGAGAGAAACCAUUCACAUGCACCCAUUGUGGGAAGAGUUUCAUCCGCUCAUCAUCCCUUGAUCUACACAUGAUGAGCCACACUGGAGAGAAACCCUUCACAUGCACUCAGUGUGGGAAGAGUUACAGCCAAUCAUCACACCUUAAUCAACACAUGAGGAUCCACACUGGAGAGAAACCAUUCACAUGCACCCAUUGUGGGAAGAGUUUCAUCCGCUCAUCAUCCCUUGAUCUACACAUGAGGAUCCACACUGGAGAGAAACCAUUCACCUGCACUCUGUGUGGGAAGAAUUUCAGCCAAUCAGCAAACUUUAAUCUACACAUGAGGAUCCACACUGGAGAGAAACCAUUCACAUGCACUCUGUGUGGGAAGAGUUUCAGCCAAUCAUCAUACCUUAAUCUACACAUGAUGAGCCACACUGGAGAGAAACCAUUCACAUGCACUCAGUGUGGGAAGAGUUUUAACAGCUCAUCACACCUUAAUCAACACAUGAGAAUCCACACUGGAGAGAAACCAUUCACAUGCAUCCAGUGUGGUAAGAGUUUUAAGUGCUCAUCAUCCCUUAAUCAACACAUGAGAAUCCACACUGGAGAGAAAUCAUUCACAUGCACUCAGUGUGGGAAGAGUUUCAACCAACCAUCAAACCUUAAUCAACACAUGAGAAUCCACACUGGAGAGAAACCAUUCACAUGCAAUCAGUGUGGGAAGAGUUUCAGCAUAUCAUCAUCCCUUAAUCUACACAUGAGGGUCCACACUGGAGAGAAACCAUUCACAUGCACUCUGUGUGGGAAGAGUUUCAGCCAAUCAACAAGCCUUAAUGAACACAUGAGAAUCCACACCGGAGAGAAACCAUUCACUUGCACUCAGUGUGGGAAGAGUUUCAUCCGCUCGUCAUCCCUUAAUCUACACAUGAUGAGCCACACUGGAGAGAAACCAUUCACAUGCCCUCAGUGUGGGAAGAGUUUUAACUACUCAUCAAACCUUAAUCAACACAUGAGGAUCCACACUGGAGAGAAACCUUUCACGUGCACUCAGUGUGGGAAGAGUUUUAAGUACUCAUCAAACCUUAAUGAACACAUGAGGAUUCACACUGGAGAGAAACCAUUCACAUGCACUCAGUGUGGGAGAAGUUUUAGCAAAUCAUCAUCCCUUAAUCUUCACAUGAUGAGCCACACUGGAGAGAAAUCAUUCACCUGCUCCUAAGCCGUGGUCACACUGGACUUUUCUCCCCAUAGACUUCCAUUCAUACGCACGGGAAUGCGUCAGACCGGAAACGCAAGUUCUUGCAUCAAGUUUCGCAGUUCACUGCCUUGCAAAGUUCAAGCUUGGUGAACUCUGACCUGCGAAAUCACAUCACUUGACUGUGUGAGACCAAUCGAAGAUCAAAACAUGACCUCGCUGGACCAAAAUGUAAAAUAUGGACCAAUGGCUCACUUUUUUUAAAAUGUCUAAUCAUCUUGUUUAAUCCUGCCCCUUUUCGCAGAGCUGUACAACAGAAUUUUGCAUGCUCAAACUCUAGUGUGACCGCAGAUUCAGUGUGAGAUGAGUUUCAGCAACUCCUCAGACCUUAAACACAUGAAGAUCCACACUGGUGUGAAAGAGUAUAUGUGCUUGAGUGUGAGAAGACUUUUAUUACAGCUCCAAAAUUGAAACUGCACCAGACAAUUCACACUGGAGAGACCGUACAAGUGUUCACACUGUUACAAGAGGUUUAAUCAGAGAACACAUCUGAAAACACAGAAGAGGAUUCCCACUGGAGAGAAACCGUACAGAUCUGUGUCUACAGAGUUUCGCUCAUUUGGCGCAGCUUAAGAAACACAUGGACAAAAAGUUGCACACAUAACAUAAAUGCAGCAAAACAUUUUCACAUGUGCACAGGAUGUUUUAUGUCUGAAUAAUUUUUUAAAAGGCUGAGUGACGGUAUACUGUUUUCCAGCAGUCUUACACUGCAGUAGGUGGGGUUGUAAAUGUGUUGCGCUCCUCGCAUUUACCAUAAACACGAUGGCGGCUGAGAGAAGAACACUUUCAUAAACAUCUGGCAAACAGCACCUCUGCGGCUUAAAAUCUCUUUGCAAGUGAUUGUACAGGUGCGGAUACAUUUGUACUCCACUCUCUAGUGUAUUCAUGUAGCUAGUGUUGUUUUAGAUGAUGUUCUUUGUCUGAAUCCCUGAAUGAGAAACAAAUCACUGUGAAGACACCGCACAUCAAAGAAGUUGGAGCUCCAGGAUGGUUAGUUUGCAGUAUACCAGGGCCUCAAGUUAAGGAAGCCCAUUCAAUUGUCCUGUGUUGCAUCUUUUAUUAGUAACGUUUCUUUAUUUUUAGGUUCAAGAUUCUUUCUAGUUUACUACAAUUACUUUUUUGAGUAGAAUAUAAACUUGAUGAAUAUUUUCUGAUUUAGGCAGAGCGACAGGUGUUAAGUUUUACAAUAUUAAUACACUGUGAUGAUCCCAAGACUCCAGAUUGGAGUAUGUGGUAAAUCUUGAUUGGAUGCCUGCAUUACUCCUCAAUAGGUAUAUAAAAGUUGUUGUGUUAGCUACCCCAGGACGCUGUGGCUACUCAGGAGUCCUCAUGUCAAGACCUGCCAUCUCAUUGACUCUUUAACCUUAUGGUAUAGUUUUGCAUUACUUUUAUCAUGUAGUUAAAGUGUUGUGAUCAUAUCCUAAUUUUUUAUCUUCAUUAUUAUCCCUAGACAUUUGUUGGUUGCUUUGAUUGAUUGUUCUAUGAGUGACAUUUUAUAAUAAAUAAUUAGCAUUCAA